CACCUGGUCUAGGAAUUAUUAUUAUACUAAUAUAACGAUAUAUUUUCAUAAUAAACCGCAUACGGUUAUUAGUUAUAAUGACGAUGUUUCUCUUAAUUUUAAUUCUAGCAUUUAAAACCGUUCAUGGAAGCUACUUGGGAGAAAAAUUCGCUGUUCUUUCAUCACCAACUCUACUUUCGAAAGCCAUUGAACGGUAUUUGUCCCAAAAUCCUACGCUGACAUACGACUGUCAGGUUCAAUUGGUACACUUCGUAACGAGUCUUCAAAAAGAAUGGCGUUGGGCAUUAGAUAUGUAUGACGCUAACGGAAAGCUUCCACCUGGAAUAUUUAGGGGCAAUUUCGCCCAACUAGGUUCGUUUGAUCAAUGCAUCGCAAUUGAGAACGUUGGCAGUGGCAAUAAAAGUUUGGCGGGAAAGUAUUGCCUUGGUUCUCUUUCUAUACCUAAUGAAUAU